AUGGGCCCUCUUCUCUUGUUUCUGUUUUUCCCAUGUAUACACGGCCAUAAUAGUCGUCUUUUUCAAUCUCGGUUCAUCGCCGCCGUCCGAGGAGAAGUGGCCGUUGCUUCCGAAGUCUGGGUAGCCGCCGUCGUGAAUAUCCGCGACUCUGGAAUCUAUUCGGAAAAUUUCAGGUCAGCAAAGAAAGAAGGCUGCUGGUCAAAGGUUAUUUACCACCUUGAAGGUCUAAUCUCCAAGGAUUGGCAUGAUUCAUGA